ACUUUAAAAGGAACGUCCGCAGCGUUGCGUUUCCGAAUCGCAUUUCCAGGCGUGUUCGAGUCUUGACCUCGAGUCCUCGGCAUCCACCUCCGCUCGGGAAUAAAGACUCGGCGAGCCAGGGAAGAUGUUGGCUGGUUUCCUGCUGCUGCAUUGCCUGCAUUUCGCAUUCGUUGCGCCCUAUCCCGAGAGCGCUCACGGAAGCCCUCUCGAAAACCAAGCCCUGCAGUAUCUUACCGAGGACGAUGCUCUUCUCAUACGCAAGCUCCAAUCUCGCAUGAAUACGGCGUUGGAAGGAGCCAUGGUCGAGGAGGUCGAGGACUGCGGUGUUGCCGCCGCAGACGAGGUCCAAGGCAGCCGGGAGAACCGUGCCGCCCUACGCUCCGGAGUCGGGCAGGGCCGCUCAUCCAAAACCCUUUUCCAGCCUCAGCGGUUUGGUCGCGGCGUGCCUCCUCCGGCUGCCGACUGCCCCGAGAGUGCGGCGGCGUCUUGGGCCGGGCUCCAGGACGGCAACGCGGACCGCGCCAGCCGCUCCGAGCCCUUCUGGCACCGCACGCGGCCGCAGCGCUUCGGCAAGAGGGGUGGGGAUCCCGCCAGCCCAAUGUGAUCUCUCACCCAGAGCUCCAUCCACCUGACGCUAUUCGGUUUGCCACCUGCCCGUUGUUACGGACCCGUACGGUCCGGGAAUUGGCGUCUGUGUUCGGUUGGUUGGUCGGAUGAUUUAUUUGUCAAUGAGAUGUGGAGGUUAUUGUGUUUAAAUGUAUUGCAGCAUAUCCUGUACUGCAAGGUUCUGAUAGACCUGGGCUGAGUGGGAAUUAGUCCGGGUUUGGUCUCUGGAAAAAGGUGGCAAUCCUACAUCGAGCACCUGCAAUGGAAACAACAUAUACUCGUGUGGUUCGUUGUGUAGACAUAUGUAUUUGUAUAUAUGCAGUGAUAUGACCCAAUUAUAUGUCUAUGGUGCAUAUACAGCUAGUAUGUUAAUGUUAGUGCUAAGAUGUAAUGUGUAUAAUAAAUACUCCAUUGAAUUACAUUAUCAAUUCCAAUGUCUUUUCAUUGAGAUAUAUUGUUCAGUUCUCGCUGUUGGUGCACAGUAUUCCAGUGUGCAGUCUACUGUAUGCUGGUCAAGAUCGAGUUGGCAUCAAUCAUAUCACUCUAUCUCUGCACCAGUCAUCUUCUUGAGUGUGGUCGCUUAUAAUGCUGCUAUUCUGUCAACACUCGUGUCUAUCGGCCAUCAUGUGUCUUGCAUAAUCCAUAAUAAAGCUUUUAUGGGAUAGAU